AAGGAUAUAUUUCGUGACGUUUUCCAGACAGAGAAGCAUGUGUGAGUAGGCACAGCUUAUAACUGUGUUUUUUUACUGGCUUGAUUUGUGGAGUAAUAAAUGGGUUGAGGUACAUCAUGUGAAUACAUUCAGCAUUCAGUGGAUAUAUGUAGUUGUGCUGAAUAUACAAAAAAGUCAUCUCCGGCUUUUUUCACGAAUGUUCUGUCACGUCAUUGUAGCUCUCUGAACUUCACACCACGCUUUGCACAGAGUAUUCCAGACACUGCAAAUUAAGUAGCACAAAGUAACUGGAGGACUAUUAUACUGCUUUCAAAAUUCAAAAUGGCAUCGGCACUAAAAAAUUUGAGAGCCCCACUGACACGUGGUGCUUUCAUGGUCAUGGGUUCUCAGGGGACUAAUUCCUUCCGAACUGGGGGUGCGCCUCGGCUAAUACGACAAUUUGGUGGAAAAGGGGUAGCUAUGCAGCAGUCAAACACGGCUCUCUACGUCGGAAUUGCUGCGGUCGGAGCUGGAGGUGCUUACUUACUAUGGAGUCAAGGUGGGGGUGGCAAGGUCGACUAUCAGAAGGUCUAUGAUGCUAUUGCUAAAAUACUGGAAGAGGAUCCAAACUAUGAUGAUGGCUCCUAUGGCCCUGUAUUUGUCCGUUUGGCUUGGCACGCUUCCGGCACAUAUGACAAAGCCUCAGGAACGGGAGGUUCGUCAAAGGGAACGAUGCGCUUUGAGCCAGAGGCUAAGCAUGGAGCUAAUGCUGGACUUCACAUUGCACGAGAAAAGUUGGAGAAAGUGAAAAAUCAAUUCCCUGGCAUUUCUUACGGAGACUUGUGGACUUUGGCUGGCGUAGUAGCCGUUCAAGAGAUGGGGGGCCCAAUCGUCCCAUGGAAGCCAGGCCGUGUGGAUGGUACUCAUUCUGAGUGUCCCCCCGACGGACGGUUGCCAGACGGAGCUAACCCCUCUCCACAACACCCAAGGGACGUGUUCUACAGGAUGGGGUUCAAUGACCAAGAAAUUACUGCUCUCAUUGGGGCUCACACAUUGGGCCGAUGUCACACGGAUAGAUCUGGUUUCGAUGGACCGUGGACUUUCUCGCCGACUGCUUUCUCCAACAGCUUCUACGUGGAGCUGCUCACCAAAAAAUGGGUGGAUCGAAGUUGGUCGGGUCCAAAACAAUUUGCUGAUAAGGAAACAGGCCAGUUGAUGAUGCUGCCGGCUGACAUGGUAUUUGCCAAGGACUCCGAAUUCAGGCAGUGGUCUGAACUGUAUGCAAAAGACGAGAAGAAAUAUUUCGAAGAUUUUGCUAAAGCCUAUCAAAAAUUGUUGGAACUGGGAGUAGCAUUCAAAGAAGGGACGACAGAGUAUAGGUUUAAACCAACAUCAGCGUAAUACUUGUAUACAUUAUUAUUCAGUAAACAACUCCUAUCACACAUCACUUGAAUUUUGUAGAAUUGAUUGUAUAAUUCAGGAACAUGGAUAAAUAAAUUACAAACGUAAGCAUGACCGCCAUAUUUUUGCAAACUCUGUGCUGAAUUUACCUAGAAAUGUGAUUCCCAUGCUGGCGAUAUGAUAUGCGAUUGGAAUCGGAAUCAUACUAUGUCCUCCUAUGUUGUCUACUUUCAUGAAAAAUUGAAAAUAAACUCUACGCUGAUAUCAGUCGAUGGAUGUAUCGAUUAAA